AUGAACGACGACAACAGUUUUGAAGGUCUUGACGCAGAACACUCACAAGAAUUGGUUUCUUCCAGACUACCCUCCAGCAAUAAUAUAAUACGUGGACAAGAAGAUUCUUAUGCUGUUGGGAAGAGGAUUGCUUCUGGAAAAUAUGGAGCUGUUUAUGAGGUGUUGCGGACAAGAGAUGGAAAAUUAUUUGCUGCAAAACUCGAGGUUUGUGACAUUGCUACACGUGCUUUAAGUAUGGACUAUUUGGUUCUAAAAGCAGCAAACAAAUCACACUUGACUCAUUUUUGUAAUCUUAUUGACAGAGGAAUGAUUCAAAAACAUUUCAAAUUUCUCAUAAUGAAUAGGCUAGGAGAAAAUUUGUACAAACUUCGUCUUCAAUUUCAACAUUAUCGUUUCUCAGCCCCUACAGCAUUAAGACUUUCAUUGGAAAUGUUGAGUGCUUUAGAACAACUUCAUUCACUUGGUUAUGUUCACAGAGAUGUUAAACCUUCAAAUUUUGCUUUAUUACAAUCAAAGGAUAACAACAAGACGUGUCGAAUAAUGUUGAUAGAUUUUGGAUUAUGUAGACAAUUUAAAUUGCCAAAUGGUGAAAUUAAACCGCCUAGAGAAAAUACACAAUUCAGAGGUACAAUCCGUUAUGCACCAUUAGCAGCCCAUAGAGCCCAAGAACAAUCCCCCAAAGAUGAUUUGGAAAGUUGGCUUUAUGUUGUGGCUGAAUUUAUGGCUGGCGAAUUACCUUGGAGUGGUUAUCAUGGAGCUGAACGUGAUGAAGUUAGAAGAAUAAAAGAAGAGACUAGAAGUCAACAGGGAAUGAUUGAUCUACUUAAGCACUGUCCCAGAAUGGAAUUUCGUCGUAUUCUUACUUAUUUGGAUCAGCUUGAUUACAAUACACUUCCAAGUUAUCAAUAUGUUCGUGAUUUAAUUUCUUUGGCAAUAAGAAAUAAUGAUAUAAAUCCAGAAGAACCAUAUGAUUGGGAACAACAAAAUGAGGAAGAUGAAGGGGAUGAAGAUGAUAAAGAUGAAGAUAAGAAAGAGGAAAAGAAUGGGAGCAAAAUUGUUCUCGAAAAUAAUAAAAUAAUAAUAAAACAACAAACAGCAACCCCAAAUGGACCUUCCUCAACUGGACCUUUAAAUGGAAAAUAA